UUUACGUGACUUUAUGUGUCUCUCGCGAGAUAUUGCGCGACUUCCUGGCUGUUGGAAACAUGGCGGAGGAGCAGGGACGGAAAUGGGAUCGCUGUAUGGCUGAUACAGUCGUGAAAGCAGCAACUGGCCUUGGUGUGGGCGUCGUGUUUUCCGUCCUUCUCUUUAAACGUCGCACAUGGCCUGUGGCAUUUGGUUCAGGCUUGGGACUGGGCAUGGGAUUUGCCAACUGUCAGCAUGACCUCAGAUCUCCAUAUCUCAUACAUGGCCACAUGGCUAAGGACCAGCAGUGAAGGAAUUAAAAAGAAGAAGAUUUUAUCGUCUCUUUUCCUGCAUUGUUUUGCUGCUCAUUUCUGUCCUGGCGCUUAAGUCCAACCAUUGCCCAUGUUGUGUUUGUAAAAGGGCAGUUGAUGUAUAUUUAAUAAAACGACUCUGGAAAAACUCUC